UUGUACUUGCACGUAUGGCUGAUGGUAUCGAACUUCCUACUGUUUGUAUUUUUAAAUUGAAGAAUUUAUCAAGAGAACAAUUUCCAUCUGAUAUUUAUAUAAGAGUUAAUGAGAAGGGAUGGAUGAAUGAAUUAGAAAUGUUGUGGUGA